CAUGGCCUUCCCCUCCAAAACACCAAACCCACUCGCAACAACGGAUAACGCUCUCUUCCUUCGGCUCCUCCCCUCUCGCUCCUAUCCUCUCCCCUCCAAUGGCGACCGCCAUUUCCUCUCUAGUAACUCCUCCGACCCUCCACCGCCGCUGCCUGGGCCCUGCCUGCGUCUCCGUCUCCGUGUGCACCCCUAUCCGCAUCUCCUUCCGGCCCGCCGCCGCGCCUCAGGUGUCGCGCCGGGGCUCGGCGCUGCGGGUGUCCGCCUCCUCGGCGGUGCUCGAGGCGCCAGAGGCGGUGGCGGCGCGGAAGCUCUACGUGGGGAAUAUCCCCAGGACCGUUACAAACGACGAGCUCCGCGACAUGUUCGCUGCGCACGGCACCGUCGAGCGGGCCGAGGUUAUGUACGACAAGUAUACGAAUCGCAGCCGGCGGUUUGGGUUUGUCACGAUGAGCACAGCGGAAGAGGCCAAUGCUGCAGUUGAGGCUCUCAAUGGGACUGAGGUUGGUGAUAGAAAAAUUAAAGUGAACGUCACAGAGAGCUUCUUACCGAACAUUGACCGAUCAGCACCAGAACCAGAGGCUCUGUUUGUAGAUAGUCAGUACAAGGUUUAUGUUGGUAAUCUUGCGAAGACUGUAACAACCGAAGUUCUUAAAAACUUCUUCUCCGAAAAGGGGAAUAUCCUCAGUGCAACAGUCUCCCACAUUCCGGGGACCUCCAAGUCAAAGGGGUAUGGCUUUGUCACAUUCUCUUCUGAGGAAGAAGUUGAAGCUGCUGUUGCUACUUUCAAUAACGCGAUGAGUUAGAAUUACAUCAUCUCAACUACGUCAACUGGUGCCAUAUUGUUCUGACAUAUCAUUCCCACAGAAACUUAUUUGCUGAUAUUAAUAACAUUGCCCGUUCUUCAACCGUACUUCAGCACACAUCAAGACCAUAAUCUCCUAUAUUUGCUAUUCAAAAGAUUUCUGAAGCCUUGAAAGUUGGCAUGCUUUUGAUAUCAAACUUUGGAACAUAACCUGUCGCUAAUGUUUUAUAUUGUUCUACAAUUAAAUGUGGUGUCAGGAAUUGGAAGGACAACUCAUUCGUGUGAAUAGAGCUUAGAUUAGCAGAAAUUUGCAGGGGCACCGGAGGAGGGGGAAUAUCUUGGCGAAUACAUGUAGUAGGAGGGAUGUUUUGAGGCUAGAUUUUGAUAACAAAGUGAUCAAGACCUUCAAUGUGAUUUCGAUAUGUCAUACAAUUUUUGUACCAUAACAGUAUAUUUUUCUUAACGGCACUUCUAAAUGAUAACAUAAAGGCAGUAUGGUUUCAGUUAUAUAGUAUGUUUGUUUAUUUGAAACGAAUUCUACACCAUGUACAUUCCAACAUUAAUGUUGUCAGUUCAAUCCCUGACUUUGUCAAA